CACAGGGAGCACGGGAGCUGGUAGAUUUCAACCUGGAGCGGGAGGGGGUCUGGACCUUGCGAAAGAGGGGGUACUCCGAGAACAGGGCCCUAGGUCUACAGGAGCUCACUGGGGGGCUUUCUAAGUGGGAGCCCUGCCUCGUGUGUCCAGAAUGGCUGUGGCCUCUUGGGGGUGGCUGGGGUCUGGAGGGGUCCCUGGCCGGUCGCUCUCUCCCUGCAGUGCCCCCCAACCCCAAGACCCUCCCAACUGGUCCCACCUCUUUUCUUGCCUCAUGAUCCAAACCGAGGGGGCCUGGGCCUUCCCAGCAGGGGGCCUGCCUCGGCCAAGGAGGAGAAAGAACUUGCCAGGCCCGGGAUCAGCCUGGGCUCAGCGGCGGCCAGACCAGAGCAGAGGGUUUAAUGAAGAGAAUAACAAUUCCCAGAGGGGCGCAGGGAAAGGCCGUUCCCAUUUUAAUUUUUCCCUUUUGGCAGAAACUAACUUUUCUGUAAAAACAAUGAGAAAUCAGGGUGGAGCUUCCUCUCCGAGCAGCGCAGCACUCCCCAGAGGAAAGCUUUGUGGGCAGGGAGUGGGGGGGCGCUGGCUGGAGAGAGGGGUGCCCCGCUGGGGCUGGCUGGCCAGGGCAGGGUCGGGGGGUGCUCUGGACCUGUCCUCCUGGAGAUGGGGUCUGGCUCCGCCACCCCCUGCAUCCUGUGCUGUCGGCCUGAGUCCUCUGCUGGCCUGGGUCUGCUGGCCAUGUGGACGGCCACAUCGUGGCCUUGACCGUGGUUGCCAUUCUGCGAAGGUCACUGUUCCCUCCCAGGGACUGGCCAUUGUGGCCAAGGUCCUGGACGGGGACCAGGCCUCCCUGCUCAGGAGACACCCAGACGGAUCUCCGCCCCCACACUCCUGCAUCUGCCCGAGGAAGGGACCUGCGCAGGCCACGUGGCGUCAGGAUCUCAGUGAAGCUAAUGAUGUUACAACAGGAAAAAAAAAAAAAAAUCACCGAAGAGAAGGGGAAAGAAGUUCAGCUCAAUGCAAAUAUAUGCAGAAUGGUGUCUUGACCCCGGCUCACCCCCUCUGAAAUGAUCCAGUCCCCAGUGUGCGCUAAUUAUCCACCUUUCUUAUUGUUUUCCAAAGGAAGAGCUUCCUUUUCACUGCAACAGCAUAGACACCCAGAAAAUGUUGCCCUGUGUGUCGCGGUGGAGCCAAACUGCCCACCUUUCCGAUAAAAUCACAAGGAAGCUGGCAUGAUUCCAUGGAACUGAGAGCUUAGCCCGAAGAAAAAAUAAACAAAAAUGAGCUGUGGUUUCUGUGACGA